CCUCAAUUUAUCCAGUCCUCUAUUCCUUUACCGUCGAAACUAGACUUCAAGGGGAACUUAGCUGUGAAUUGGAAGAAAUUUAAGCGGCUGUGGACAAACUACGAGAUCGCCUCACGGCUCAGUACGCAAAGCAGUAAUCUUCGAACAGCCACAUUGUUGACAUGUAUUGGCCCAGAUAUCCUGGAGAUUUACGAUGGUUUGCCCUUCGGAAAUGAAGAGGAGAAAACCGACAUCGACAAAGUGAUAGAGCUUCUAGACGCCUUUUUCAUCGGUGAGACGAAUGAAAUAUACGAAGCCUAUCUGUUCAAUCAGAGAGUACAGGAGGUCGGUGAGUCAUUUGAUGUUUUCCUUACAGCUUUACGUUCGUUAGCUAAAACGUGCAAUUUUGGCAUCAUGCAAGAGCGAAUGAUUAGAGACAGAGUUGUCGUAGGAAUUAGAGAUAACGCCACCCAAAAAAGCUGCUAGCUGAGAACAAACUAACUCUUAAUAAGUGUAUUGAUAUUUGCCGUGCGAGUGAAACCACAUCCAAACAACUUAAGGAGAUGUCCCAUGCGGAGGAGGUUAGCGCCGUUGCCACAGGCCACCCAAAAUCGAAGAUUGGUUUACGCCAUAAUGAAGUACGAAAUUUCAGUAAAGUUCAACGCCCGUCCACAACAAAGUAA